UGGCUGAUGGCUGAUGGCUGAUGGCUGAUGGCUUUCCCGGACAUCUUUCCAUGAUCUGCUCUCCGUCUGGGCAAAUCAACGGGAAAGCCAUGUAAGUCAUGUUCAACAUCUCUGGGCGUAAGCUUUAUGCACCUUUCCACGAUCUUAUUCACACUCCCGUCUGGGCGACAGGGCUCUCUUCAUACAGACCCAAGACGGGAGGCUGCAACAAAAGUCUGGGCAAUCUGCACCUCAUGUUGCUUCAAAUUACAACAACUUCAAUAUCCAUCAUCAUUCACCACCUGGGCAUACAUAACCAAAAUCGAUUCCCCAACUUGAUACGUUUUCGCAUUCGCCACAUGGAUUCUUCUUCUAACCAACUACCUACCUACUAAGGACAAACGAACAGCUUCGAAAAUAACCCAUAUCUCCAUCCAUUGUUUCUCCAUCUCUCCUACAAACUUGACAUGAGACGAGAAGAUCCACCUCUCAUGCGGCACACCAUUGCUUAUCUGUGGCUUAUGACUUCGUUCGUUUUCUUGACCAACCUUCAUUGUUAAAACCUGGAAUUAGAAACUUCAAGGGAGAAAAUGGAUACCUCGUCUCGACAAUCCCCGAAUUUCCAGAUUAGGUCAAGAUAAGCAUGAAUUGAGGAAUCAUAAACCAAUCAUGAACCUUUCUUGCCUCUUCAUUGCUGACUAUUCCCAACUAUUUCGUACCUUUACCAAACCCAGGUAUUCCGACGAAAAUGUUCUCCAUUCAUUCAACAUGGAUAAACCUUCCCAAAUCAUUACAAUGCUACCGAUAAUAGGGCUACGCGGCACGGCCGAUUUUGCAAAUUUCUUAUCGAAAUAUUCCUUCGUUCCGUUUUCUUCCCAUGAACUUCUAAUUUCACAAGUAUCAUCAUCCUUUGGAAUAUAUCUUCCUAUCUCUUGCAUACGUCGCCAAUGAAUUGAUCAUCCGACUCUCUUAUCUUCAAACCGUCAGCCAAGGACGUUAAAAUAGUGCCCCAAUCUUCCUCUGCUACAUUAUCCAUCGUUCUCGCUCUAUAUAUAUACACGCGUUGGUAUAUUCACAGAUUUUUACUUUCUUGGCCAAGCUUCUUUUUCAAGAAAAGUUCACCGUUUCUUGUGCGUUCGUUCGUUCGCUCGCUCGUUCGCCAUGCCUUCUACCGACAAUGCCGAGAAGAAGAUCGACGAACAUAACCGUGCUUCAGAUUCAUCCAACGUCGAAAAAGGUGAUAUCAUUCCGCGAAAUGAAAACGCUGCCACGAGACACGAAGAUCAAACAAUUGCCAUUCUCGAACUCGUAAAGGCUCAAGAUGAACAUCAUCCUAUGCACUGGCCUGCCUUCAAACGAUGGGGUAUCGUGGUGGUUUAUUGCAUGUUGCAGACAUUUGUUACUCUUACCAGUACAACUUAUGUCUCUGCUGAAUUCUUGAUCCAAGAAAAGUUUGGAGGAACUACUCAAAUCGUUACUUUGGGUCAGAGUAUGUUCAUUUUGGGAACAGCUGUCGGUCCCAUCUUUUUGGGUCCAUUAUCUGACCUGGGUGGCCGCAAAUGGAUUUAUGUUAUCAGCAUUGCAUUCUAUGCAGUUUUGAACUUUGGAACCGCAUAUGCUCUUAACCUUCCUAUGCUUGUUAUCUUUAUGUUCCUUGCUGGCACGGCAGGUUCUACUGCUCUUUCUAAUGUAGCUGGUACAAUCGCGGAUCUCUUUGGUGACAUUGAUGGCGCCGGACAAGCAAUGGCACUCUUCGUCAUGUCUGCAAAUAUUGGUCCAUCUCUUGGAUCUCCUGUUGGAGAGUGGAUUUCCGAAAAUGCAAACAUGGGUCUCAAAUGGAUCUUUUUGAUUAACGUAAUCAUCGGAUUCGCAUUUUCUAUCUUAUUGUGUUUCAUCCCAGAAACACUACCAAGAUUAGUUAUCGCCAAAGCAGCCGCAAAGAGUGCAACUGUCGAUGAGCAAGAAGCUGCCAUCUUGACAAGCAGACUCAAUGUUCUCCACGAAAUGAAGUUCAUCACAACCAUGACGUUCAAAAUCAUGUUCACAGAGCCAGUCGUUAUGUUCCUCGGGUUGUACAACGGUUUCGCCUACGGUAUCCUCUUCUUAUACCUCGACGGUGUAUUUGAUGUUUUCGUCGUCAACAAUGGUCUUACUUACAUCGGUGCCGAUCUUACAUAUCUUAAUUUCGUCGUCGGUGUAGUAGUCAUGUUUCUCUUCGUUCCGGUUCAAACUUGGUUCUACGCGAGAGAUCGUAAGAAGCAUGGUAUCAACCGUCCAGAAGCUAGAUUCAUCACUUCUUUGGUGACCGUCUGGCUUUUCCCAAUUACACUUCUUUGGUUCGCAUUCACAUCUGAUGGAAGCGUAUCUUAUUGGUCACCAGUUGUAGCAGGUGGUGUUCUUGGUUUUGCAGAUCCAUUAUUGUGGCUUAGUAUGCUUAAUUACAUUACUGACUCUUAUCCCAACGUCGCCGGUGCAGCAAUCGCAGCUUUCCUCAUUCCAUCUUUUGCUCUCGCAGCAGGUCUCGCCCAUCUCGGUGUCCUCAUGUUCGAUAACAUGUCUACGAAAUGGGCUAUGGGUACUAUUGGAUUCAUUAGUAUUGGUCUUUGUGCUUUGAUUUACUUUAUCUAUUUCUUUGGUGCAAAGAUUAGAUCGAGAUCGAAGCUUGCGAGAAAAUAUUAGAUGAGGUGGAUGAAACGAUGGAUGAGAUGUAACAGUAUGACUGAGAUUGGAUUGUGUGUAUGAGAUUUGUAUUACAUUGCAUUGGGUUGCGUUGGAUUGGGACGGGAUAAAAGCUCUUGAGCGGCGGAUGGAUAUUUUGGUAUCUGGAAUUCUGGAUUGCUUGCGAAUGUUAUCAUCAUCGAUAUGUUGACGCGUACAUGGAAGACGAAUUCGCACACGUUAUGUUAUGUUAUGAACUGGGUGGAAAACUUUGAUUCCUUUUUUUUUGUUCAUACAUUUAAUACCCUGUUGUAUAGUAUAGAUAGCGCGAAUUUUGUUAAUUUAUAAAAUUCAUGAGUAGAGAUUAUC